GAUAUGAUGGGCUGUUCACGCUUCUCUGCAUACUUACUGAAUCAAUCGUCGUGACUUCUUCUCGUUGCGCGCGGCUGGAGUCAGCUUCGCCUCCACCUGACGGCCGAAACCGUUUUUGUGAACAUACUUUUUGCAGCAGGUAGAGAUGCCGGCCGACGUGCCGACUCACAGGACCUGCACCUUAAGAUCAUAUUUAUUCCGUUGCUAAUAAUUCAAGAUCUGCACAGGAGAAGUGGUCGCAAAGUUCUCGGACAUUUCAACUCAAGUCAAAAAUUUAUUUCGAUAAAGAAAGAUCAUGAAGGUCAAAUACCUCUCUUACCAGCCGGUCGCGAGCUGGCACUGGAACAUUCCGAACGAGGACGUGUGCUCGAUCUGCCACAUGCCCUUCGACGCCUGUUGCCCGGACUGCAAGCGCCCCGGAGACGACUGCCCGCCGGUGUGUACCAAAAGGAAAAAUUCCCCCUCCCCAUAUCGAAAAGGGAAUUAGUGAUGCUGGAUUUGCGUACACAAAUCAGAUUUGUCUUGCAGUAGCGGACUGCAGUAGACAUAUGCCAACCCUGGGCAGCGAGGUUUUGACAUAGGCGGCCAGCAUUACAAAUAUCCACGCUGUACUAGGCCCAACAGCAUCACAAACCGCCCGCAUAAUGCGGCGCAGCCUACGGGGAGUUGCCUUCUUGCAAGACAAAGAAGAUUUGUGGCCACAAAUCAGCACUGGAAAUUUUCUGUGGCUUCCUUUUCGAUAUGGGGAGGGGGGAUCAUUUUUCCUUACUAUAGUAUGGGGCGAGUGCUCCCACCACUUCCACAUUCACUGCAUCGUGAAGUGGCUGCAGAAAGAGCAAAAGCACUGCCCCAUGUGCCGGCGCGAGUGGAAGUUCAAGAGUCAAUGA